AUGACUUUCCCGGUCUCCCUGGAACCAUCUCACAAACGACGGAAGCCUGACUAUCUCGACCGACCACGACCUCCAUUAGGAAAAAAGUUGAAGCUCGGCCAGCCCACUUCGACAUAUUGGGAUAAUCUGUCGAAGAUUUGGUUAACAAGAGACGCUCUUAAGGAGUUGGAUCGACGAAAUAGGGCUUCUGGCAGUGUACCAGAGCCGCUAUCCUUCCCCUGCCAGCCGUUCACUCGACAGCUACAGGCGAGACUUAGGUGUUAUUACCAGACACUUGCCCCCGAUCCCUUAAUCAACUGCAAGCCCGAGAGUAUAAGUAAGAUUAAAAGACUCUCUAGGCAAGGUGGGCCUGACCUAUCCGACCUUAGGAAUUUCCCAGAUCCCCAGAUCCCUUAUCAUCAAUCAAUGAGCGCCAAUAGUUUGGGCCGCCGGAAGCGUCGUGCGAGGACUCCUCCUGAUAAUAAUAACAAGACCACGAAGACAACGAGCACUACCGCCUAUAACCGUAACUUUGAACAGAAGUUGAUUGAUUAUGGUAUUUAUCCACCUGGAUAUACGUACCCCAAUGGUCAGAAGCCAGCAAAGCCGAAUAACUGGCUAGAGCUCAGCGAACAACUAGCGCAAUCCCGAGCUUCUCCAUCCCUAUUUUCGGAGCGCGAAUUUGAAGAGUUUGUAGAGGCAGACUUAAAUGCAUCUAAGGAGAAACCUGUUGUACGCUUGGCUAUCCCAAGUAUUGAAGGCCGCGUCGGUGAUGUUAGGUGUAUGGGAGGGGAUUGCCCAUUUGGGAACCUUGCUCCCUUAACAGAUGGUACACUAGCAAACGCAAAACCAGAUCAUUUCUUUGGUGCUCGUCCUGAGCAGCUUAAUGCUAAUAUCCGCGAUACGCUUAGUGGCUAUAUUCUACCAUCAACACAGGGUAGCCUUCCUAUCGCUCCAAACUUCUUUCUUGAGGCUAAAGGCCCCGAUGGGUCGCCUGCAGUUGCUACACGGCAAGCUUGUUAUAAUGGUGCGCUAGGGGCACGGGGAAUACAUAAACUUCAAUCGUAUAAGCAGGAGCCUAUCUAUGACGAUAAUGCUUAUACAAUAACAUCAACCUAUCUUGCUGGCACCCUUAAACUCUACGCAACGCAUGUAAUUGCUCCACGGGAACAUAAUGGCCGUCCUAAAUACAUUAUGACUCAACUCAAAGCUCCCUCAUCUGAACAUGAGGUGGCUUCUGAGCCAACUGCCACCCUGGAAGACUCCGAUACAUCAGCCACGUCUGAUGGAGCCGGGUUCCACGGUGCUACGUGGGGCUUUGCACACCUACAUGACAACGAGGAACAUCCUCCAGCUUCGAACAAGAUACAAUAA